AUGGAACGGAAUCGUUCUUCUUUGCGCAUUUCAAUUAUCUGCUACAUUUGUCUUUUGGCCAUUUCUUUUAGUCAUCUCAUCUGCUGUGCAAGCAUAGCAGGCCCCAAGGAUGGACCAAUAGCCUCAUUUGACCCAUACUUGAUCCGUAGAGAUGAUGCAGUAACUGCAACAAACGAAAAGGUCACCCUCUAUCGGCGAGCAGUAGAAAAAACGCUUGCAGCAGCUGCAAAAAAUGUCGUUUCACAUGUGAAAAGUACAAAAGCAAUCACAGAAGCACCAAAGUUGGCCCAUCAACCUAGCUUAUCAAGAAGUUCAAGUUCAGUUUCAAGAGCUUCACAUUCUUUAUCAAGAUCAAACAGUAUUGCCCAUCAUGCAGAAGCAAGUCGUGGAAGGAGCAUGGCCCGUGGUAAUCCUACAACCGCUCGUUAUCAUUCUGAACCACCUCCAGGUUCGAGAAAUCUUGCCCAUACAUCUUGGAGAAACAUUAAGCUUUCCAAAGAAACGAAAAAGAAUAGUGCUAUAGCUGGUGGCGCGGCUGCGUUAGGUGUAGUCCUUGGUAAUGUUCAAUUUACCACGCCUUCGGUAGAUUUGAACCUUGUUCAUCAUGGUGGCAGGAAAAUGUCAAUGAAUACACAAUUCGGUCAAGGUGGGAUAAGCAGUAAUCUCAAUGCUGGCGGUACUUCGAUCAAUAUGAACAAGAUGACCCGUUCUAGAUCUUUUGGUGGUCAUGGUAGCGAACCAGAAUAUUAA